AUGCGGCACUCCUCCAACAAUUUACAGAUGGAGUUAAAUGUCGGAUGUUCCUUACUACAUUUGGAGGAGCGCCUCAAAGGUGGUUCAAGCGACUACCGGAAAAUUCUUUUUGCCGCUUUAAAGAUUUUUGCAAGGAAUUCUCCUACCAAUUUUGAUAUAUUGAUUGAGCGAGCUUCGGAGUUCAUCAAUGUGGAAGAGGCUCAAGUUGCCAGGAGGAAGGAUAUUACUACUUCUAUGUCAGUUCCUAAUGUAGCAUGUCCGGUGGAACCUUUCCAGCUCCCUAAAGGACCUCGAACAGAUCUGCAUCAUCAUCAUCCAGAGCCUCAACCUCAAACAAUACAACAUAUAGAUGCUCCCACGCAUUUCCCGCAAAGGGUAUUGCAGGACGUCCCUAUUCUUGUCAUGGUCAGCAUGCUUGCCUAUUUCUGUUUCCUGGAGCAACUCUUAGUUAGUGAAUUGGGUCCCCAAGCUCUUGCCGUAUCUUUGCCAUUUUCUUGUGUUCUAGGUCUUCUCGCAUCCAUGAUAGCUUCAACGAUGGUGAGCCAGAGCUACAUUUGGUCCUAUGCAUCGUUCCAAUUUGCACUUGUGAUCCUCUUUGCUCAUGUUUUCUAUAGUGUGCUAGGAGUAAGCCCUGUGUUCUACAUUUUACUUUCCUCAUUUACAGGGUUUGGUAUUUCAAUCAGUAUGAACUCUUUGCUCAUUGAGUAUUUAAGAUGGAGGGCUAGGAGAACUUUGCGCUCGGUCCAACUUAAUCAGAGUCAGCAGCAGAAUGAAGCCAGAAACCUUGCUGGAGUUGAAGAUGGAGAUGACACAAGGCAGCAAGACUUGGAGAACCAGAUUCAAGAUCCUAACCCUUUGCAACAUGGACAAAAUCAUUCGUAAAGACUUUGAGGUAUGAUCUACCAACUUGAUGCAAGAGAUCAAAUUUUGUGCGCCUUAUAUUGAUUGAUGUUUUUAUUGAUGGUUGCGAUAGAUAGGCUUGAACA